AUGCUUCGAGAUAAUCAAGCUGAAAAAUUAGAGGAAUUACUAGUGCUCGGUGAAGUUCAUACGGGAAGUGGAUUAAAUCAAGAACUUGGACUUCAAAGGCCUGGUGAUACCCGUUGGGGAUCUCAUUUUAAGACGGUACGUAACUUCAUUUCCUUAUUCUCAUCAAUUGUGCAUGUACUUGGAGUUCUUGCAAAUGAGGGUGCAAAUUAUCAUGAGAAAGCAAUGGCAAAAGGUCUAGUGGAAGACAUUAGAUCUUAUGAGUUUAUCUACAUGUUGCAUUUGAUGUUGAAAAUUUUGGCGAUUACAUAUGAUUUGAAUAUGGCUUUGCAACGAAAAGAUCAAGAUAUUGUUAGUGCUAUGAAGCUUGUUGAUUUCACAAAAAGAAAAUUGCAAUCAAUGAGGGAAUCUGAAUGGAAUUCUUUGGUAGAAGACGUCUCCUUAUUUUGUGAAAAGAAUGGUAUUAUGAUCCCUGAAAUGAAUGAGAAGUAUGGUCUUGGAAAGUCGAAGCGUAAAAGCUCAAGUGUUAUAUAUUCUCAUCAUUUGCGUGUGGAAGUUUUUUAUGCUGUUAUUGAUUUGCAACUUUCAGAGCUUAACAAUCAUUUUAGUGAAGUGAAUACUGAUCUACUUCUUGGCAUGGCUAGUUUGAGUCUCGAGAAUUCUUUUGCAAAUUAUGAUAAAAACAGGAUCAUGAAGCUUGCUACUUAUUAUCCAAAUGAGUUCGGUGCUUCCAAGCUUGAUGAUCUUAGUUUUGAUCUUGACAAUUAUAUUUACUAUGUGAGAGAAGUGGACAAAGCUUUUUCAAAUUUGAAAGGACUUGGAGAUCUUUCGAUGGCAUUGGUUAAAUCAAAUAUGCACAAGACAUGGGGACUUGUUUAUUUGCUUGUGAAGUUAAGCUUGAUAUUACCUGUGGCUACUGCAACAGUGGAAAGAGCUUUUUCCUCAAUGAAGUUUAUUAAAAAUGACUUGCGAAGUAGAAUUAGUGAUGGCUUUUUGAAUGAUUGUUUAGUUUGUUAUAUAGAGGAUGAAGUAUUUGAAAGUGUACCUAAUGAUGCGAUCAUUGAUCGUUUUCAAAAGAUGACAACUCGUCGAGUGCAAUUGUAA